CCUCUGAGUAUCAUUGUUUUCUUCAAUGUUGUCUUCUGAGUAUAAUCGUUUUCUCCAAUGUUGUCCUGCACUUCUCACGUUGUUUUUAGUGUUUUUUUUUUUUUUUUUUUAUCGGUACUUUUUAUUUAAAAUAUAUUUUAUUUUAACAUUAAUUAUUAUUUUUUGUUUACGCGGCACGACCCGUGUUAUAUUAAAGAUUUAGUUAGUUUACGUGAUAUAGCACGUUUUGGUUUUAACUUUUUAAUUUUUAAUUUUUCUCACUUUUAUUGUUAUGCUUUUUUUUUGCAUAUUUAUUACUUUUCUCACAAGGAUUUUAUUUUUUCGUUAUUUGUCCUUUAUAAGGAUCUUUUAUGUGUGAGUUCAAUUUAAUGACCACGAUCACGUAUCCUUUCCUAAGGAUAUUUUGUUUUUCGUGGCCCCACGUUGGGCGCCAAUUAAUUCCCGUAUCGCGGGAAUUUAUAAAAAAAUAUAAUUUUCUAUCUGCAAACGCGCAGAGAAAUAAAAUACGUCAUAUCGGUACGAUUGCCGGAGACAAAAUCUAUCCUUUAUUUUCAAGUUACUAAUAUUUAUACAUUUUCUUAUUAUUUACUUAGGGUUAUUACAUAUUGAAGCUGAGUUGGAAACAAAGAAAGUGUCAAUUUACAUUAAUAUCAUAUUCAGCAUUUUUAGGCAGAACGUUAAGUGUUCUGUUUUAAUUUUAUUAUGCCUUCUUGUGAGGUCUACAAAUAUUGUUUGUAUAAGAAUGGAUUAUUCUAAUGCGAACGGAAAAAGUAUAUCGAAAUCUUAAAUAAGCAAAGAUUUUAAUUUACGAUCCCGCACAAGUACAAAGUGUAAAGAUUCAAUAUUGUUUACAGUUAUGUUCAAGUGGCUGUGUGGAGGCUGUCGUUAACUUGUAUGCUGAGAGCCGACUUUAUAAGCGAACGAAAUCGCUUCUUCGUCUUAGUUUCGAAUCUACUUCGAUCAUAUCACAAUCGCGCAAUUUUCUUCACUGCAGCAUAAAGCAAAAAAAUUACAAAUAUUUUAUAGAAAAAAUAUUUUAUAUUUCUGAGUUAACUUAGUUAAAAUAUUAGAAAACACACUCCAAAAACACAUACCAAAUAUAAGAGUCUUAUAGAAUUAUUCAAAAUGAAUCGUUAUCAAACUAUGUACCCCUUUGAUCAACAAUUUUUCGGCGUCAUGCCCGUUUAUGCUUUCGUUAUGGGACCGGUGUAUCAAGUGGGAGCAAAUUGGAAUCUAAUGUGUGCUUUCAUGCCUCAACCAUAUUGGAGAGCUGGGCCGGGCUAUAGAAAUCGUUUGCAUUACCGGCAACGUUCAGCACUGAUGCCAAAGGAAUGUAAUAAGCCAAAACAAGAGAGGCAACAGGAGCAAAAACUUAAGAAAACCGAAGAACUGAAGCAAAAACAAGAAAAACGGCAGGAGGAACAUCAGCAAGAGUUCAAGAAACCAGAGGAAGAAGAGAAAGUGAAGAACGAACCAAAACAAGAGGUGGAAGUUGAUGAAACCAAUGCCUGGCAGAUCCCGAGAUUGUAUGGAAAGCAGCCACAAAAGAAAUUAUUGCAGAUGUUAAUACUGGAAGAGGAGGUUAUAGAUGCUUUACAGGAUCGUCACUUGGAGGAGGAACUCCGUGCAAAGCAUGCAUUACAAAAAAUACACCUUGAAGAGGAGCUAAAAGCCAAAAGAGAAUUAAAAAUGCGUCACUUGGAGGAGCAACUCAGGGUUAUGCACUCAUUGCAGAAGCAACAACUGGAAGAAGAGCUAAGAGAGAAGAAAUUAUUGCAGGAGCGACAACUGGAAGAUGAGCUGAAAGCUAAGGAGUCUCUGCAAAGGCGUCACCUAGAGGAAGAGUUGAGAGUCAAAGAGUUAUUGUUGAAUCGUACGCGAGUGUCAAGAAAACAGCAACACGAAUGCAAGAAACAAACAUCAAUACCAAGACAACAACACGACUUACAGGAGAAGCCGACGAAAAAUCAGUUAAGGCAAGAGUUAGACAAAUUACGGCAACUGCCGGGUCAUGCAGAUGUAAAGAAAAAGCAACUGAAGAAGCUGCUCACGCAACAGAUAUGUCAGUUGAAGCAGGAGAUACAGCUCGAAAAGACAGGAACAGCUAAAAACUGUGAUGAACAAAAACAUGAUAAUGUGAUUAAUUCCGUAAUUCUGGAUGAAUCGUUGUAUCCACUCACCAGAGCUUGCGACAUGCCGGAGGCUGAGUGUGCUAAGCAUUCAAAUCCGUUGUGGCACGAUGAUCAUCCUGUUGAGAGCGACACGCUCGAAGGAUGUGUGGAGAUCCACGAAGAACUACCAAAUCUUUCUGGAUUAACCGCAUACGAAGGGUGUUCUACUGAUAGCACUUCAACUUCGCGGAUAGAAAAGACUGAUACAAGGAAGUCACCAAUAAUAGAUAGUUUAUCCAACCCAGUGAUAACAGAUGCGAACAAAGAUGGAAGCCAUACUCUCUCCGAUGAGUGCGGUAGAAAUUCACUAAUAGACAAAUCUAACUGCAAAUCGCCAGACAUGAAGUCUAAAUCAAGUUCAUUCUCUGUUAAGAGCAACGAUCAGUACUACAUUCAGUUCGGUGAGCUCGGCCAAAUUUUGCCGACAGGACCAGUAAUUGAAUUUGAAAGUUAUUGCAGUUCGUUCUCGGUCAUAUCAGAAACCAAUGAUGAAAAUGUUGCUGGUGUAAUGAUCAAUGGCAGAGAUAAAAACUACACAAUGUUCGAUGAGUUCGGUAGAAUUUCAUCAAUUGAACACUGUGGUCCAAGUCAUAGCAAAUUUCUACCCAGUGAAUCUGAAAAUAGUUGUAGUUCUUUCUCUGUAAUCUCAGAAACUAGCUUUGAUGCGUGCGAUGACUUUGGUAGAAUUUUGAAAAUAGGAAAAAUUAAAAGCAAAUCCCCAGACACGGAAUCUAAAUUAAGGUCAUCCUCAGUAAAGACCAUUGACAAAGAUCGAAGUUACACUCGAUGCGAUGACUUCGGUGGAAUUUCACCAAUAGAAAAGUGCAAAUCACCAACCACGGAUUCUAAAUCAAGUUCCUUCUCAGUAAUGACCAUUGAUAAAGCUUACGUCGAUGAGUCUGGUACAAUUUCGGCGAUAGAAAACUCAAAUUCAACUAGUCGUAAAUCGCUGGAAAUGGAGUAUAAAUCUUGUCAGAGAUCCUUCUCUGUAAUACCCGAUACUAUCGAUAAUAACGCGGAUGGUCUACCGAAGAGUGAUAAACAUCAAAACCAUAUGCAGUUUGAUGAAUCCUUCCGUAAAGAUUGCAUACGCUGUGGCCGCCCCUUCUACGUCAAUGAUUUAGGCGAAUAUUUAAAGAGCGAAACUUGCACCUAUCACUGGGGUACUUUACACUAUAUGUAUAAGGGUAAGCAGGGUUACACUGCACAAUAUACCUGCUGUAAGGGCCAUAAAGAUUCGGAGGGUUGCAUACGUAGUGCUUUACACAUUUGGAGCGGUGUUGUUAACAGUCCCUAG